AUUUUGGAUAACAAAUCGAAAAUAUCCUAACCCCAAAUUUAUUUGUUGAAUGAUAUUUUGCAAACAUCAAAAUGGUUGUUGAUAAAAGCCCAAUAUCUGGCACUGUCUUAGAGCAGUUUGUCCUAUUAGCAAAAAGUGCGAAAGGUGCUGCAUGUACAGAAUUAGUGAAACAGGUUCUAGAAGCUCCUGGUGUAUAUGUUUUUGGUGAACUAUUGGAUAUGCCCAACAUUUCAGAAUUAGCCACAACUGAUAGAAAGUACUUUAACACGCUUGAAUUAUUCGCUUUCGGUACAUAUAAAGAUUACAUAGCAAAUAAAAAUGAAGUUCUAGAAUUGUCACCAGCUCAGACGAAAAAAUUGCAACAUCUUACCAUAGUCACUCUAGCUACAAAAUCUAAAUGUAUACCAUAUAACACAUUGUUAAUUGAGCUGGAUAUCAAAAACGUUAGGGAUUUAGAAGAUCUUAUUAUUGAAGCAAUAUAUGCGGAUAUCAUACAUGGAAAACUUGAUCAGAAAAAUAGUCAACUUGAAGUAGAUUAUGCUAUUGGUAGAGAUAUUCGUAAUGAUGAUAUUAAUAUUAUUGUUAACUGUUUGCAAGAUUGGUGUUCGGCUUGUGAAGGUGUGCUAAGCUGUGUGGAGAACCAAAUCCAUAGAGCCAACACGGAGAAAAAUCGCUGCAUGCAACGCAAAACCGAGGUGGAAAACGAAAUAGUCAAUAUAAAAAAGACAUUGAAGACUCAGCUUCAAGAACGAUCUGAUGGAACCGACGAAGUAAUGGCUACCGACAGUCGAGAAUCGGGGUCCUCUGGAGAGAAAGGCAAGAAAUCACAGAAAAUGAAAGGUCUUAAGAUUCUUCGUUAACAUGAACUUUUCUCAAAGGUGAUACAUGAAAAAUGGUCUAGGCGCGAUUCGUAAAACUUGUUGCAGGGCUUUUAAGAAUUAUAAAAACCAAACUAUGUAUCAUUAGUUUUUAAUAGAUAAUUAAAAUACAGAAUUUAUGGCCAGAACAAAAUGAAAUGGGUUCAAAGUUAAAUGAUUAACAGGAAGAUUUUUAUAAUUCUUGAAAUUUGAGUGAAUGGGGAAACAUUUUCAUGUAUCAUUUUUGAAUUGUCUUAGGUUAUCACUUAAUAAAACUACAAUUAUAAUUGCAAAAAUGUAUUAAAU